ACGCCAUGUCAUGUACGAAUCAUGAUACAUACACAGAGAAAGACAGCUUGAAACACUGAAUAACGCGCAAAGUUGAUCUCUGUCAGUAGUUCUUCACUGAAGCCAUUGGCCAUUGUCGUUGCCAUUGCCCAACCAAUUUACUACUCUCUCCCUCUCUUUAGGGUUUCGGGGAUCUAAAAAAGAAGAACCUUUCUUCAUAACUCGGUAAUACGAAUCCUCAGCUUCUUUCUAGAACCGCAAUUCUUCUACAUUCUGAUUUCUUCUUUGCCGUUCCUAAACCCUAACAUCCUUUUUGCUUCUGUUACUUCAGGGCAUCAAUUCUACUGUUUUGCCCUGGAAACGCUUGAAAUCGAGCAAUUAAGGGGUUUGGAAUGAAGUGUUGGGAAUGGUUAGAAGGUUGAUUGUUUAACAUUGAGGCGAGGAGAUGGAUUCUGCAAGGAGUUGGCUUCAGAAGUUCCAGCCUCGAGAUAGAACCAGGGCUGCUGCGAAGAAGAAGGAGGAGGAUAGUAUUGGAGGAAACGAGGAUUUGAAUGCGGCGGUGGAUGAAGCAGUGCUUUCCAGUGUCACGAAACAGAAGGUGGCCGCAGCAAAGCAGUACAUUGAAAAUCAUUACAAGGAGCAAAUGAAGAACCUUCAGGAGAGGAAAGAGCGUCGAACCAUCUUGGAAAAGAAGUUGGCUGAUGCUGAUGUCUCUGAGGAGGAUCAAAACAACCUGCUUAAUUUUUUAGAGAAAAAGGAAACUGAAUAUAUGCGCCUUCAGAGGCAUAAGAUGGGUGUUGAUGAUUUUGAGUUAUUAACAAUGAUAGGAAAAGGAGCAUUUGGAGAGGUCAGAGUCUGUAGGGAGAAGACUAGUGGUCAUGUGUAUGCAAUGAAGAAGCUAAAAAAAUCAGAGAUGCUCCGCAGAGGCCAGGUUGAGCAUGUUAAAGCUGAAAGGAAUCUCCUCGCAGAGGUUGACAGCAAUUGCAUAGUCAAACUUUAUUGUUCAUUCCAGGAUGCUGAAUAUUUGUAUCUUAUUAUGGAGUAUCUACCGGGUGGGGAUAUGAUGACUCUACUAAUGAGAAAGGAUACCUUGACCGAAGAUGAAGCCAGAUUUUAUGUUGGAGAAACUGUUCUGGCUAUUGAAUCUAUACAUAAACACAAUUAUAUACACAGGGAUAUCAAGCCAGUCAAUUUGUUACUUGAAAGAUACGGGCACUUGAAAUUGUCAGAUUUUGGACUUUGUAAACCAUUAGAUUGCAAUACACUUGAAGAAAAGGAUUUUUCUGUGGGUCAGAAUGUGAAUGGAACUCCACAAAACGAAGAGCGGAUAACUCCUAAACGUUCACAACAAGAACAACUUCAACAUUGGCAAAUGAACAGGAGAACACUUGCUUUCUCUUGCUUUGGGACCAUUCAUUAUAUUCCUUAUAGCUUGAUAAAACUGGCUGACAUGAUUGAUUGUGAAUGGUGGUCACUUGGAGCGAUUAUGUAUGAAAUGUUGGUGGGAUAUCCACCUUUUUAUUCUGAUGAUCCGAUGUUGACUUGUAGGAAGAUUGUAAAUUGGAAAGCUUAUUUGAAAUUUCCUGAAGAAGCUAGGCUGUCCCCAGAAGCUAAAAAUCUUAUUAGUAAACUUUUGUGUAAUGUAAAUCAGAGGCUGGGGUCAAAUGGUGCAGAUGAAAUAAAGGCUCAUCCAUUCUUCAAAGGUGUUGAAUGGGAUAAGCUGUAUCAUAUGGAAGCUGCAUUUAUUCCUGAGGUCAAUGAUGAGUUAGACACUCAAAAUUUUGAAAAGUUUGAUGAGUCUGACAGCCAAAGUCAAUCAUCGUCAAGAUCUGGUCCAUGGAGGAAGAUGCUUUCAUCUAAGGACUUAAAUUUUGUUGGAUACACAUACAAGAACUUUGAAAUUGUCAACGAUUAUCAAGUCCCUGGGAUGGCUGAACUGAAAAAGAAACAAUCCAAACCAAAGAGGCCAACCAUCAAGUCACUUUUCGAAACACCAGAGCAAGAGUUGUCCGACACAUCUGCUCAAGGAAGCUUUUUAAAGCUCUUGCCACCCCAGUUAGAGGUAUCUCGCAGAGACAAGAAUCUUCCUCCCAGGUCCUAACAAGCUUCUCGCGUGAUCUAUCCACUGACACAGUAGGAAUCAUAACUCAGCAUUUUAACCAUUUCCACCUUUAAAAUUUCACUCUUUGAUGCGUUUGGAUUUGUUCUUCAUUACACUAAUGGCUUGGACCAGUCUCGUCAGUGGCUCGCAACUAUUGAUUUGUAAAUCUCUUACUCCUCACCACCUCCCUUGUUACACAUGCUACACUAAAACAUACACCCAUUGUCUAUCAAUACUUCAUACAAUGUAUAUUCGCGUUCUCUUUUACAUUAAUGAUACCAAAGCAUUUGUCCAUGUAUCAUUGGAGUGUAGUAUAUAAGAACAACAUCUAUUUACAUUUUUUUUUUAAAUAUCAUUAAUUUGUAAGGGUUAUGGUUCGUUUAUUUAUUAUUGUAUUGGACGGGAUGCCUCUAAGCUGAUGUCUACUUCAUUGCUUACAUUUUAAAAUUGGAGGAUUACUUUUCCUAUUUACUCAGUUCUUUUCUGCA